CCAGGCAGCUGCGGCUGGCGACCUCCACGGGGAAGGUCGAGGACCUCGGGGCCGCCAGGCGCCCCCAGGCGCGGCAAGCCGCCGGGCAAGCCGUCCUGGCUACGGGGUCAAGUUCAUCCAGUGACGACGACGGCAAGCCACACCUGCGGAGGAGACGGAAGUUCGCUGUCACGCCAAGCACCGACGAGGUGAAGGUCCAGGGCUCCGCGAACGAGUGGGCCGCCAUGGAGGAUAGCAGCAGCGAGGACAAGGAGUCGCCCAACACCAUCGUCAGCGCCCGCCACGAGCGCUACAAGCGGUUGGCGCAGGAGCUCGAGGCGAAUCAGCCCACCGUGAGCAAAGAGGGGACGGGGCGCGCGCGCGCGAUCGCGGGGCGGCGGAUGACGGAGAGCGCGUGAAUCGUCGCGAUCCGCCAGUCGGGAG